UUCGCACUAACAGGCGUUGGUGAAGUUUUCUUACUGCAGCGCCUCGAGGAAUUUAAGUUUUGUUGUUUUACUGCUCUAACUUAUCGCGUCAUUUUAUCCGCUUGAAUUUCUGUGUUAUUCGUCAUCUGGUUGUUCAUAAAGUCGAAACCGAGGGAUCGUCGGUGAGGAAACGGAGGAGUUUGUGCUGUCAGAAGUCAGACACACAUUUCAGAGAGCUCCGGAAGAGCGUCCUGGACACACAACACACACAAACACAUACUUCCCAAACCUAUUGCUGUGGAAAGACCGUGCUCGGCACUAUUAUAUUAGUGUGGAUAAGACGACUCUUGUGCUCACACUGGAUUCUCCCAUCACAAACAUCAAUGAGACUUCAGAAGUGCUUUAGUUGCACAUGAUUUUUUUGUUUUCCUUUUUGUCUUGGAUGGACUACUUUCUGGAUUUUGCUCAGGUCAGCACUCGAUAAUGCUCUUCAAUGGCUGUGAGCAGGGCAGCGGUUAGCAUUUCCAAUGAGAUCCAAACCUUUCAUGUCCACUACAGGAUGGAGGCAUCCUGUUUGGACCUGGCUCUGGAGGGGGAACGCCUGUGUAAAAUGGGGGAUUACAACGCUGGCGUGUCUUUCUUCGAGGCCGCCAUGCAGGUUGGCACAGAAGACCUGCAGGUGCUCAGUGCCAUCUACAGUCAGCUGGGCAAUGCCUACUUCCAUCUACAUGACUACAGCAAAGCUCUGGAGUUUCAUCAUCAUGAUCUUACUCUAACUAGGACCACUGGAGAUCGGCUUGGUGAGGCUAAAGCCAGCGGUAACCUGGGGAACACAUUAAAGGUUUUGGGCCGCUUUGAUGAAGCGGUGGUGUGCUGCCAGAGGCAUUUAGAUAUUGCCAGGGAACUGGGUGACAAGGUGGGUCAAGCUCGAGCCCUUUACAAUUUUGGAAAUGUGUACCAUGCCAAGGGGAAAAGUAUUUGCUGGAGCGGGGCGGAGCCCGGAGAGUUUCCUGAAGAUGUCAUGACAGCACUUACAAAAGCCAGCGAAUAUUAUGAGGCAAACCUGUUUAUCGUGAAGGAGCUCGGAGACAGAGCAGCACAGGGAAGGACCUUUGGGAAUUUGGGAAACACAUAUUACCUGCUAGGAAACUUUCGGGAUGCAGUGGCUUCCCACGAACAGCGUCUGCUUAUCGCUAAAGAAUUUGGCGACCGCUCUGCAGAAAGGAGAGCUUAUUGCAACCUAGGAAAUGCUUGUAUAUUCCUGGGUGAUUUUGAGAAAGCCGCCGAACAUUACAGGAAAGCUCUGCAGUUGGCACGUCAGCUGAAAGAUCUGGCGGUGGAGGCUCAGGCCUGCUACAGUCUUGGUAACACAUACACACUGCUGCAGGAUUAUGAGAGAGCCAUAGACUAUCAUCUGAAACAUCUCAUCAUUGCUCAGGACCUCAACGACAGGAUCGGUGAAGGCAGGGCCUGUUGGAGUUUAGGAAAUGCGCACACAGCACUUGGAAAUCAUGACCAGGCAAUGCACUUUGCUGAAAAACACCUGGAAAUCUCAAAAGAGACUGGAGAUCGAAGCGGUGAACUUACAGCUCGCAUGAACGUAUCGGAUCUUCAGAUGAUGCUCGGACUCAGUUACAGCACAAACAAUUCUGUCCUUUCUGAUAGCAAAGAAAUCGACUACAACCUGCAUGGAGCAAGACCCAGGAUGAGCAGGCGGCACAGUAUGGAGAACCUGGAGCUGAUGAAACUUACACCCGACAAGAUCAAUGCUCAGAAGUGGACCAGUGACAUCCUCUUCAAACAGCCUAAAUCCACAUCAUCAUCCUCAAAACUCUCCUUCGUCAAUCGUUUAAGAGGAAAGAAACACAAACUGCAGAGCAGCUCCACUAAAGUCCUGCAGGACACCAGCAACACACGAGAAACUCCUCAGAAUAAAGUACUGAAACCAAAGCACUGUCCAUACACAAAGUGGCGCUCGGUGUUUGUUAUUAAUCAGUGCAUUUUUCUCUUUCAGAAUGGCAGUGCAGAUAUGUUAGGAGAUGAAGGCUUCUUUGACCUGCUCAGUCGAUUCCAAAGCAACAGGAUGGAUGACCAGCGGUGUGCUAUAAAGGAUGCAAGGGGUCACGUGUCUGUCAAUUCUAGACCCUCAUCUCCACCCACUUCUCCAACUAGAAACAUCAGGAAAUCGGUCUCAGAGUCUGCCGCAACUCCGGGUCAAGAGCCCUUUCUCCGACUGUUGGAAAACGCUCAGGGCAGGAGGCUGGAUGAACAGAGGGCAGGGAUAGCAAACAGUUUGCCCGGCCUGCGCACGCUGUCUGAACACAGCAACAGUAAUAAUAGACGGAUGAUCCUCAGUCAAGUCAUGGCUAGCACAGAUGCCACCGAACCGGACGACCAGUUCUUCGACAUGCUUGUCAAGUGUCAGGGGUCUCGUCUGGACGAUCAGCGCUGUGCUGCUCCUCCUCCUUCUUCUGCUCGAGGACCCACCGUCCCAGAUGAAGAUUUCUUCAGUCUCAUCAUGCGUUCACAGGCUAAGAGGAUGGACGAGCAGAGAGUCACACUGCCCUCCUGCCGCUGAAUAUUCACACAUCAUGUUGGUUACACAUUUGAUCAUCAGUUAGAACUACGUUUUGUCAAAUAAUUGUGGACAGUUGUCUUUUAAAGCAUUUUAUGUACAGAUGAACUAAACAAAAGUGAUGAUGAAAAAAAUAUUUUUGUAAAUAGCACAUUUUAACUUUUUUACAUUUUAAGCUCUUAGUUCAUUUUUUUAAAUGUACAAUGUUUAUGGGGAAGUUCUGAUGUUAGUUUAGGAUGUGUUGCUUUGUUUUUAAAAAUCAUAGCGAUUAACCACACACUAAUGUAUCUUUUGAUACAAGACUGCAGGUUUGUAUUUAUUAAACUUUUUUUUGUCAUUAUUUACCAUUUAGUAUGAGAUUUGUAAUUGAAACAAAAAGUACUUACUACUUGUCUCAGAAUCUGUUAACAAAUGUGGUUAGGCAAAAAAAAGUUAGGACAAGAGUUGCUGAAAUAAAGGGUAUGUACAGAAUUUAAAAGAAUCAUUGAAUGAUCUAUUCUUGCUGCAGUCAUUAAACCUUUGUAUUAUAUGUCCA